AUGUCGAAAUACCUGGAAUCACCGGACUAUAUGCUCACAUCAUCAUGGCUGGGGUCAAUUGCUCAGUCUUAUAUUCUCAAUGAGCUCCGUUCGUCGAUUAGAAAAAAUAUUUUCUCGAUGAAGUUGUUUGUGGAAGAUAAUGGAAAAGCAUUGAUACAGAAAAUACUUGAUAAAUCGAACUAUAAACUCAGAAUGUACGGAUCGGCCGACGAGCUUGUGCAAAAUCUGAAGAUUUAUCAAAAUUUUCAAAAGAGUUAUCGAUUUUUCAAAACUGAAUUCGAGCCUUUCACUACAACGGCAACAAUAUAUCGCAGUUUAAAGGAUGAGGAAUACAUCUGCAAGUCUGAUCUCUUCGUCAUUCUUCAGAAUAUGGCGCUUGACAUCAUUCCGGCGGCGGACUCAGCUGAGGUGUUCCCAAUGAUUAUCGUUUUUCUCCUCUCUGAACAAGACGAGCUACCCCACCGUAUGGAAUUCAUAAAAUUCGAUCAAAAAGUGUUCGAUGAGAUUGAGAUGGAAAUGAGAGAAACAAAAAAGCUCUGUGCCAUAAGUUUGUCCGAACUAGUCGUACUCGGCACACAAUUUGCUGCUGGAAAUUUCGAUUCCCUAGUGGCGAAAUUUGAGAAAGUCAACGUGGUCAAGCGAGAUCCAGAUGAAAUACGUGAAGAGCUCAAAGAUUACUAUAAUAAAAUUAAGGCGUCGAAUCCGAAUCCAGUGAAAGACCUGGUUCUUCUCUUGAUUACCACCGCUGCAAUGAUUUGUCUCAAUCAGAUUAUUAAUGUGAAGAGACCGGAAAUGUUCCAUCCGAAUUCCAUCAAUAAAACUCCGAUGAUUGUGAGAUUAUUCGAGGAGGGAGAUCAGAAAUUUGUGAUGGAAUCCGAGAUGGUGAUUGCUAUGUUUCCAGAAGAAGCUUCGGAAAUUUUCGGUAAAAAGGGCGAAGUUGAAUUUCAUAAUUACUCAACGAUCACAUUGGAUGAAGCUCUCAGACAAGGAGCUGGACGUGUUGAGUUCAUCCGCUACCCAAUCAAAAGAGCCAAGCACCGAGCUGUUCCAAUUGAAGGACCUGAUCCAGAAGAUCCGAAUGAUUGGUGUAUUCUUGCAUUGGACGCAUUCUUUGAAUAUAUGAAGAGUGCCAUCACUGGAUUUAAGAUUUUUCAGAAAUGUGGAACUUCUGCCGAUGCUUUUGGCAAUGCUGAGCACAUGUUUAGUGCACUCGAGAAAGUAUUCAAACACGAAGUGAAAUCGCCAUACUUCUUACAAAUCGAAUCUAUCAAUUAUAUGUUGACAACGCUUCAGAACGAUAUGAAAUCGUUUCCAACAACUAAAGACGUUCGAAAUGUAAAGAAAAAUGGAUUCACUGUGCAGCAUCUGAAGAACGAACUGAAUCAUUUGGGUCUCACUGGCACAUUUCCUGAAAUCCUCGAUUGUGCAGAAGAUGUCUAUGAAGGAAUCGAUAAAGCAAAGAAAGAGAGAUAUCUCAGAACAUGCGAUUUAUUUGAUGCUGUGGAGAGCUGUCAAUUGAUUUGUUUGCUCAAUAGAGUUCCGAAUCUCAAAAUGUUUGUUCACAAUCAGAAAGGAUGUGGAAGGAUACUUGGAUACAAAUGUGAGCAUUGUGAGGAGAAGAAGAAUGCGUCGGAUGAGACCGUACCGACUCCAUCAGAAAAAGAAAUUCAGAAGCCACUGAAAAAUCUGAAAAUCGAGAGUUCCGAUGAAACAAGCAGUCAGAAGGAGGAGGAAGAAGUUCAGAAGACGUCAGUUCUUCAGAAUCCUCCCCAGAAUCCUAAAAACGAAGGCUCCAAUAAUAGUGAAAAUAAUAAGGAGAAUCAGAAUCCGAUUAAGGAUCAGAAGACGUCGAAGAAGAUGGUCUCUGAUAUCAUGAAUUUGUUGGCACAGAGGUCUAAAGUACCCAUUGAAAUUCUCAAAGAGAAUUCGGAAGAGUGUAUAUCAGAGAGUCAACAGCAGACCCAAUUACAGAUGGAAUUAAAGGAGAAAAUUUCGGCGAAAACUGAGGAAAAUCAACGACUUCAAGAGACAAUUCUCAAGUUGACUGCUGAAAACGAGGCGAAUCAGAGAGUAAUUCAACAGUUACUCGAUAAAUUGGCAGUUGGAAAACAGAAGAAGGAUAUGGAAGAGGUUUCUGAUGAUUCUGGAGAUUUGCUUGCCGUCAGAAUCCCUCCUGUCGUCAUCUGUUACGUAUGUCACAAAGAAAUCGAGCCGUCCGACGAUGACUGGUUGGAUUGUUCCAGAACUGGCGAGAAAUUCCAUCAAGUGUGCGCCUACUUCCAUAUUCGAUUCCACGAAGAAUGCCCGGCUUGCGACGACAAGAUUCCGAAUUAUUUUUAA